UUUUUGUGGUGGGUAAACGGUGACAUGCGUAAACCAUACAGUGAAUAUCGAAUGUUUGUGCAUCUUUUCGGUGCAACUUCAUCUCCAUGUUGUGCAGGUAAAGCACUGAAACAGAGAGCUGAUGAUUGUGAAUCAUCCAACAGCGACGAGAUAGGAAAACAAGCCAUUGAAGUCAUUAGAACUAGCUUCUAUGUGGAUGAUUGCCUUGCCACAGCAAAGGACAACCAGACUGCCAUUAGGUUGGUGAGUAGAUUAACCAACAUCUUACGUCAGGGUGGCUUCCAGCUUACAAAAUGGCUAAGCAAUGAACGAGAAGUUAUCGACAGCGUACAAGAGACUGAGCGAUCUCCAUCUGUUUCACUUUCACUUGACGAACUGCCUACAGAGCGGACUCUAGGUGUAUGUUGGAACGCAGGUAAGGACAGCUUUACAUUCCAACUAGCGCCCAAAGAAAAACCAGCGACUCGAAGAGGAUUGCUCUCAAUUACCAGCUCGAUCUUCGACCCUUUAGGUAUGGCUGCUCCAUAUGUUUUAUUAGCUAGAUCCCUCCUUCAGGGGGUGUGUAGGAGAGGUGCGGAUUGGGACGAGCCGUUGACCGACAGUGAAAGGGCGACCUGGAACAAAUGGAUGGAACGGACAUCAAUAUUGUCACGGGUUAGUGUACCUAGAUGGAAGAAACUCGACUCAAAUACAGACGCUCAACUGCAUAUAUUCUGCGAUGCGUCGGAGAAGGGUUACGCUGCUGUGGCCUAUCUGCGCGUUAAGAAUCAAGGUAAGAAACCUUCUGUAGAAUUUGUUCUUGGUAAAGCUAGGGUUACACCAAUGAAACUUGUCACUAUCCCUAGGUUAGAGCUAAUGGCUGCAGUAUUAGCUGCAACGCUCGAUAGCACCAUCAGAAGGGAAAUUGCCUUCUCAUUUAAGGAAACAGUCUAUUGGAGCGACUCCAUGAUAGUCCUAAGCUAUAUCCGAAAUGAAAGCCGUCGCUACAAAACGUUUGUAGCUAAUAGAGUAUCUAAGAUACUAAGCGUCUCUAAUAAACACCAAUGGAGACACGUACCAAGUGAAGAAAACCCCGCUGAUGAAGGUUCCAGGGGCACAUACGAAUUAGGUAAGUGGUUAACAGGCCCAGAAUUCUUGCCAAAAGAUGAAUCAAACUGGCCCGUAUCCAGAUAUAUCGAAAAUGAUCAGGUAAGUCAUGACCCAGAAAUUAGAAAGUCGGUGGUAGUAAACCAGGUAACGAUAGGUGAUGGUAGUCUUAUGGCGAAGUUAACAUCUAAGUACUCAUCUUGGUCGAAGCUUGUACGUGUCCUUGGGUGGAUCUUACGAUUUGUAAAAUCCCUCAGACUCAAGGUGAGACAUCAACCCGUAGUAACAAGCAACCUGCUUGUGUCAGAAUUGCAAGAAAGUGAGACAAUGAUUAUUUCAUGGAGACAAAGGCAGUCGUUCCCGAACUGGAAAUCAGACAAGCGACUCAAGAAUCUAAAUCCAGUACUAAUAGGUCAAGUAAUUAGAGUAGGAGGUAGGCUUGAUCGUGCUAGAAUCGACUAUGAUGCCCAACACCCAAUUAUAUUGGCUAACGAUAGUCAAUUAGUCAAGUCACUAGUGAUGUAUUACCACUUGAAGGUUGGACAUAAUGGAUGGACAGCAACAUUGAACGCUCUCCGGGAAAGAUUUUGGAUCUUAAAAGGUAGAUCAGUGGUUAAAGGCAUCCUUAGAAACUGCGUUACUUGCAAAAGAAUGAAUGCAAGAAGGUGUGAACAGCAGAUGGCAUCUCUUCCUGUCGAACGCACCACUGCAGAUAAACCACCUUUUACUUUCACCGGUGUUGAUUAUUUCGGUCCCAUAGACGUCCGACAAGGUCGUUCUACUGUCAAACGAUAUGGAUGUAUUUUCACCUGUCUUGUUUCAAGGGCUGUCCACCUUGAGGUUGCUGAUAGUCUAAGCACAGAUUCUUUUAUAAACGCUUAUAGGCGAUUUGUGGCCAGGCGUGGCGAACCGUCAAAAAUGUUCAGUAAUAACGGAACUAACUUUGUUGCACGUGAAAAAGAGCUUAGAAAAGCCUUGACUGAUAUGAACCAAAGUGUCGUAGAAGAAUUCCUUCAUACCAAGGGUGUUGAGUGGCACUUUAACCCACCUGCAGCUAGCCACUUUGGCGGCGUUUGGGAAUGCCUAAUAAGAUCGGUAAGAAAAAUAUUGUGUAAUGUUCUUAAACAACAGGUGAUUAACAAUGAUGUACUACUUACGGUUUUAGCCGAAGCAGAAUCAAUAUUGAAUUCUAGACCACUCACAGACUUAUCACCAGAAGCUUAUGACGAUGAGCCAUUGACACCUAAUCACCUUCUCUUAAUGCGAAAGGGCCCUGUUGCUCCUGUAGGUAGAAUUGAAGCUUAUGGCAAAAGGCGUUGGCUCCAGGUACAGUAUUUAGCUUCGCUUUUUUGGACCCGUUGGAAGAGGGAAUAUUUGCCCCUUCUUCAGAAACGGCACAAAUGGACAACACCAAGACAAAACGUAGAGGUAAGUGACAUUGUUCUUUUGGUAGAUGAGACCCUUCCCAGAGGAAGAUGGACGAUGGGAAAAGUCUUGUCUGUCUAUAGAAGCCAGGACGGAAGAGUACGCAGUGUCGAUGUCAAGGUAGCAGGAGGUGUUCUAAGACGUCCAAUCGCCAAGCUAUGUAUAAUAUACAGAGGAUCCAUUGCAAAGAAGCAGUAGUUGCGAACUUGUAAUAAUAACAUUGUUAGUUGUAGUUAAGUGUUUAAUUUUAUUGAAUAAAGUUCUGAAAUCCUGUGUUGUUUUUAUGAUUUCAGCGUGGGGAGUGUUAGAUCUCUCCAGUGCUGUGCGCCCUCAUCGUCCAUUUUUUGUGCGCAUUGUGAGGCGGAGCGAACUUUGAAAAUUCGCGUUACUCGUAAGCAUGUAUCGGUCUAAGAAAGACGCAUGAAACUUUGCUGGUAAAGUUACCAACGUGCGAGCGUAAAUGCUUUACCUUUUUUUACAUGGCUUUCAGUAGCAGUCAAUGACUGAACAGAUAAUGUUAACUAAGAAGAUUAACAUGAGUUUUUGAGGCUAAAGGCGGUCAUAUUCACGUAAGGUUAUUUAAUAUACUGUAUUUAAUCAAUUAUUAAGAUGAGACAGUUUAUUGUACUGUAUUGAUAUUAUACAUUGUCAGUUUUCUCAUUAUCGAACAGUUUUAAUAAUACAUUUUGUAAUUUACUGUAAAGGGUUUAAAUGAUCAGUUGUUUACUUGCAGUAUUGCAAUAAUGUAUUUACAUGAGUGUAACUUCAUGAUUUUUAUGAUACUAUCAAUGAUUCAUUUUCUACUUGUUUACUUAUUUUAUUUAUCUAUUUUUUAUCUAUAUUUUUUAUAUUAAUUAUUCGUAUUUGUACUUUUGUAUUUAGUCACCGAACAAUAGAUCGGACCGAACAAUAGAUCGGACAGCCGAUUUGGUAGUCAAACAGACACAGUUGAAACAAAUAAAGGUUGAGAUUGCUUAACUGAUGGUCGCAUUGUUACCUUGUUCGAGUUUGUGUGAAUGACCAAAGACGCC